CUUGCUUUAGAUCACAUCCAAUAAUUACCGUGUAAAUAGUUUAUACUGAGUAGUUAUUUUUACAAUGUCUUCUCUCAGACAUGCUCUGAAACGAGCCACCAGAUGCGGACAAGUUUUUACUCGAGUGAAUUCCCAGUAUCCAUCGACAACAUACAUCAGUCGAAGGAAUCUUAAUCUGCAAGAAUAUCAAAGUAAAAAGUUGAUGGAAAGAUUUGGAGUCAACGUUCAAAAAUUUGAUGUCACUGAUAAUGCAGAAGCAGCUGCAGAAAUCGGAAAAGGCCUAAUGCUGAAAGGUGCUAAUGAAUUAGUUCUGAAAGCUCAAAUUCUGGCAGGAGGUCGAGGGAAAGGUCAGUUUUCCAGUGGAUUAAAAGGAGGAGUUCAUUUAACGAAAGAUCCUCAAAAAGUCGCACAAUUAUGUAAAGAUAUGUUGGGGUACAAUCUUGUUACAAAACAAACAGCAAAAGAUGGUGUAAAAGUGGUGAAGGUGAUGGUGGCAGAGGCUUUGGAUAUUGAGAGGGAAACCUAUUUUGCUAUUUUAAUGGAUCGAUCUUAUAAUGGGCCAGUGAUGGUUGGCAGUCCACAGGGUGGAAUGGAUAUUGAGGAAGUUGCUGAGAAAACACCAGAUUUAAUAUUCAAGGAACCAAUUGACAUUAUCUAUGGAAUUCGAGAUGAACAAGCGAUGGAAAUGGCAAAAAAUUUAGGAUUUACUGGAUCUAAACAGGAAGAAGCUGCAAAUCAAAUCAAAUCUUUAUAUCAUUUAUUUGUUAAAGUUGAUGCAACACAAGUCGAAAUCAAUCCUUUCGGAGAAACUCCUGAUGGAAGAGUUGUCUGCUUCGAUGCCAAAAUCAACUUCGAUGACAAUGCAGAAUUUCGUCAAGAAGAAAUAUUUGGAAUGGAUGAUAAAACAGAAACCGAUCCUAAGGAAGUAGAAGCUACUAAACAUAAUUUAAACUACAUUGCUAUGGAUGGAAACAUUGCUUGUUUAGUCAAUGGUGCUGGAUUAGCAAUGGCAACCAUGGACAUAAUUCAACAUCAUGGUGGAAGUCCUGCUAAUUUUCUAGAUCUUGGUGGAGGAGUUCAAGAAGAUCAAGUUUAUCAUGCAUUCAAAAUUAUUACCUCAGAUCCAAAUGUCCAAGCCAUAUUAGUCAAUAUUUUUGCUGGAAUUGUUAACUGUGCAACUAUAGCCAAAGGAAUCACAAAAGCUUGUCGAGAACUGCAAUUGAAAGUUCCAUUAGUUGUCAGGCUUGAUGGUAAUAAUGUUGACGAGGCGUUAAAAAUAUUAGAAGAAAGUAACCUACCAAUCAAGACUGCUUCCUCCUUUGAUAGUGCUGCAGCGGAAGCAGUAGCUUGUGUUAAAUCAUAACCGUAACAUCGAGUGGUAGAUGCAAAAUCUGUCAUAGUGUCAAAUAAUAACAAUGUUCCAUAAUUCAGUCAGCAAUUGAAAUUUGUAAAGAAAAGCCCAUGCAUGAUCCAAGUUUUGUGUCAUUUCAUUUGUACUUAUAUUUACGGUAAUUAAUUGUAAGAUGGAAUUGAUCGACGUUUGCUGUUGCGCAGUUUCCCCCUCUUAAAGCCCCUCCUAAGAAUUGCCUCACACACCCUAGUUAUCAUUUCACAUCAUGCACUGCAACAUAACUUCCAAUAUAUCUUUAUGAAAUCAAAAUUUUUUUCUUGUUACCUUCCACAGAAUCCAUGAUUACCGGUAUAUAUGCUAGGCUUGGUGUAAAACAAGUUAAAAAGUUACAUAUGGUCGACAGAGCAUAUUACUUUUUGACUUGGUACAUAUAUUUAAUUUCUUUUUGACAAAAUAAAGAAUGGUGUAGUCUGUGGAUGCAAUUAUGCGUUAGUUUAUCAUUAUAAAAAUAAAAUUAUGAAUAAUUUUUUUCGA